UCUGCAAGGGCUGCAUGUGGCCCCGAAGCCACAGGUUGGCCACCCCUGGGCUAAUCAAAGGCCUCUCCAAGGCCCAGUGGAGGACCACAUGAGCCUAGUUCGGAUGAUGUUCAACAGGAUCAGGCUGAUACUGAACAUGAUGAAAUCAAUCCUAACCCCUGCUCAGAGGAUAGAGUUCAUCGGAGCUCUCCUAGACUCUGGUCAAGCCAGGGCAUUCCUUCUGGAAACUUGCUUUUUGCCAUGGGUGCCAUCAUAGAGAAACUCAGGCGAUACUCCACUACUACAGCACAAAAUUGCCUGAAGCUGCUCGGCCAUAUGGCUGCUUGUGCGUAUGUAGUGCAGCAUGCCAGGCUGAAGCUCCGACCCCUUCAAGCUUGGCUAGCAUUGGUAUAUAGGCCAAACCAAGACCACCUAGACAAAUUGAUCACACUCACUUCUCCAGUUAUCGAGUCCCUCCGGUGGUAGCUCAACCAGCAAGUGGUGUGUGCGGGAAUGCCUUUCUCUGGGCCCCAACGCUCACUGUCUCUAGUAACAGGUGUGUUGGCAAUUGGUUGGGGGGUGCACUUAGGAAGAAUCAGAAUUCAAGGUCUCUGGUCCCAAGCAGAACUUUUGCUGCACAUCAAUGUCAGGGAGUUACGUGCAGUUUGCGUUGCCUGCCAGACAUUUCAGACCCAUCUGGAGGACAGAUGUGUAUCUGUAUUGACAGACAAUACAACAGUGAUGUUCUGUAUAAACAGACAGGGUGGUGUUCGCUCCUCUCCCCUGUGUCAGGAAGCCCUCAAGCUGUGGGACUUCUGCAUUGCCCACUGCAUACCUCUGCAGGCAUCGCACCUUCAGGGCUGUCAAUCAGCUCCGCUCAAUCACAACCACGAGUUGUCCCUCCUCCCAGAUGUCAUGAUCAGCAUCUUGCAAAGGUGGAGAUUUCCCACUUUUGUUCAUGACACAGUGCAACAGGAAGCGUCAGCAGUUCUGUUCCUUCCUGAAUCAUAGCCCAGGCUCACUUCCAGAUGCUUUUCUCCUUCCUUGGAAAGGGCAUCUGCUGUAUGCAUUCCCACCCUUCCCGCUCAUACAUCUGGUUCUGAUGAAGGUCUGAAGGGAGGGAGCAUUAAUGAUCUUGAUAGCAGCAGCCUAGCCACGUCAACUCACGUCAGCCUAGCCACGUCAACACCAUGCUUCUAGAGCUGUCAUUACACGCCUAUAACACUACCCCUGGUCCCAGACUUGAUCCUGCAGGACGACAGUCGCCUCCAGCAUCCCAAUCUAGAGUCUCUCCACCUCAUAGCAUGGAAACUCUUUGGCUAAAUUCUUUGGAGCUCACAUGCUCAGACUUCAUUAGGGAGGUUCUCCUUGGCAGUAGGAAACCAUCCACUUGAGCCACUUAUCUGGCUAAAUGGAAGAGAUUCUCAAUUUGGUCACUGCAAAAGGACACUCCGCUGUUAGUCAUUGAUUCCUUUCAUCCUGGACUAUUUACUGCACCUGAAACAGCAAGGCCUGGUGGUGUCAUCAAUAAAGGUGCACCUGGCUGCCAUCUCAGCUUUCCAUCCUGGUUCUGCUGGCCCCAGUCAGUAUUCGCUAACCUCAUGGUUGGCCACUUCCUCAAAGGACUAGAUAGACUGUACACUCAAAUAAGACAGCCAAUUCCCCAGUGGUGUUCUCAAGACUGAUAGGCCCCGCUUUUGAGUCCCUAGCAGUAUGCUUUCUCCUUUACCUUUCCUGGAAAGUGGCAUUCCUGGUGGCUAUAACUUCAGCCAGGAGGAUGUCUGAGCUUAAGGCUUUGACGUCCAAGACCCCUUAGACUGCGUUUUACAAGGGCAAGGUAUAGUUGCAGCCAUGCCCAGCUUUCCUCCCAAAGAUAGUUUGGCAAUUCCACAUGAAUUAGGACAUGUUUCUUCCAGUGUUCUUCCCUAAGCCACAUGCUAGUAACUGGGAACAGGUGCUCCGCUCCCUGGAUGUCAGACAAGCAUUGGCUUUUUACCUUGAGCAGACAAAGCCGUUUCGAAAAUCAACAUGGGUCUGCAUUGCAAUUGCUGAGCAGAUGAGGGGGCUCCCAGUGUCAUCCCAAAGGAUCUUGUCAUGGAUCACGGCCUGUAUCAGGGUGUCUAUGAUCUGGCAAAAAUACCUGUCCCAGCAUUGACUGCGCACUCCACAAGAGCGCAGGCUUCCUCGGCAGCAUUCCUGGUGCAGGUCCCCAUUCAAGACAUCUGCAGGACAGUAACGUGUUAGUUGAUCCACACCUUUAUGUCGCACUACACCAUUCCCAGCAGGCUAAAUACGAUGCCGCAUUUGGCAGAGAGUGCUACGGUCUCUGACCCCUCCUCCUGGGAACUGCUUGGGAGUCACCUACUUGGAAUCGACAUGAGCAAGCACUCAAAGAAGAAAGGGUGAGACCCACUACUCCCAACAAAUCCCAGUUACCGUAUAGUUAUGGUGAUUUCCAAAGUGUCACUAGAGGAAUCGUGGGGGGUAGGUAGCCUAUGCACAUGAAGUUCUCUACAGCAACACUUUUCCCCUUUUGCCAAUAAAGAAUGUAGAGAGUUCUUUCCCAUCCGGAGCUUCUGGCCAUAGGGCUUUCAGUAGUACAAACUCUGCAUAAUGCAACUAAAUCAUCUUUAGUCAUUUCCCUUUGUAACAAAGGAGUUUGAACCUGUGUUGGUUAGUGGGUUUGUGACGUUGCACUCUAUAUGAUUUUAGGAAAAUAUGCUAAUGAGUGUGAAUAUAAUGUAACUAGAAUACGCUUCAUGCAAAAGGUCUCUUGUAAGGUAUCAUUACAAAGCUUAUAAUCUACUGAGUGUGGUCAUCCUAUUUGUAUGUAUGUAUCAGUCUUGUUUCUGAAACUAAAAAUAUGAAAUAUAACUCUGAGGACCUAUUGUAGCUAUGCAAAGUGUGGGCCAUUAAUGGUGGUUUGAAAUCUUGAUGGCUCCCAUAAGCCAGGACAAUUGACUGUGGAUGGCUCUGUUUGCUUGCAGGCCUUCCUGUGAGUCAGGCUGGGAGGAAUGAAGGCUUGGGGUCUCACAGGACAUGUGAUCAUGUCACCUGGUACUGAAACCCAUCUUAAACCUGGUGCUUUUCCAUUUAGAAGGAGGGGUAGGAACCCAGAGAGGAACAAAGGAUUCCUGCCUUGUGCAAAAGAUAUAUAAGGGAGUGGAACAGAACAAAGGGGGCUGCAGUCCUGAGAAAUCCCCUAGGUACUAUCUGAGCUGGAACAAGGGCUGUACCGGGGAAAGAAUUGUGACCAGAUGAGGAAGGCAUCCAGUCUGUGAUAGAAGCUUAUUGAAACAUCUCUAAGGAGAAGAAAGGGACACCCAAUCCACCUUGGAUGUGUUUCUACUGAAUUGAGGUUGGAUUCUAUUCCUGUAACCUUUAUGAAGAGCUCUUUGGAGCGCUUUCUGCCUUUUGAACCUAUGACUUCUUGUUCGGCACCAUGGGGGAGUUCAGCAUCAGGAAUGGGAAGAACUUGAGUUAGUUGUGGAAAAACACUCCUUUGUCUUUUUCGUGCCGAUGGAAAGUGGCUGCUGCGAAUGUUCCUGUGAUGUGGAAAAGGGCAAAGUGAAAAAGGCAAAGUGGUCAUGGUUUGUGGGCAGAUUCUCUCUCGCCUCAGGCUGUGUCGCCCUCGCCCCUUCCUUCUGGUGCUGGUGGUGGGUGUCUAUCUUUUCUACCAGAUCCUGCCACCUAUACGGACCAAACGACUCCUUCUGGCAGUUUAUAAUGGGACUUCACCAAACAAACUAGCUGAGUCACAGCAAGAGAGAUACAGGGAGGUCUCUUCAAGGCACACUCAUUGCUUCCUCCCUUCCAGUAAUUCACAAACAGUGAAUAAGAUCGAAGAUUCCAUUCUUAAGUACUUUGGGAGUCAUACAAGAAGAGCAAUUUUAUACAUUCCUCCUUCCUGUGAUAAAAAAGAACUUCAGCUAUAUCAGCGCAUCCUAGCACAAUAUGGAUAUACAGUGACAGUCCUUGAAGACAGGAAACUGAAUGUAGGACGUGGACAUGAGCACCACUACCAAGGCGAAUUAAGCUCUUGGGACCUUCUGAUUUGCUUAUCUUCCGGGAAAACUGAUGAUACAGACUGCUUUCCAAUAGAUGAGUUCCAUCAGUUAGAAUUAUUCCAGAAGGUGAAUACACUCCCAGAGAUUCAGCACCUGCUUUGCAGAAAAGAAGGAUUAUGCCAGAUAAUUAGAGCGUUCCCAGGAUUGCACCUUCCAAUUACUUUCCCUGGAUGCCUGGAUCAAUAUGUGCUGUCAAAGUCAAACAUCGCUAGUGGCCCUUCUCAGCCUGUGAAAUCACGCGAGGGUGAUGAAAGGACAAAUUCUGCCCAUCUGUGGUACUUGUGGAACUGGACCAAUAGCGCACAGCUGAGUUCUAUACCAGCUUCAGCUGACCACAAGGAACUCUUGAAAGCUCAAGACCUUUCCAUCAUCAUCAAAGCGUAUGUGCUAGUGACAUCCUUAACACCUUUGCGGGCAUUCAUUCAUUCAACUGCCAUUGUCUGGCUUCCUCCCAGGACAAAGCACUUUUCUGUAAAGCUACAAAGAUUUUUUGAGACAUACUUCAAAUCCAGUUCCCCUCAGCAAGCCUUUGAUAAUAUGAAAGAAACAAUAAGUAAACUCUUACUGGUAGCUGAGGCAUUCAGUGAAUCACCCGAUGUGGGACCAAAGACCUUCAAUAGGUUUAAUUUCAGAUGCAGUCUGUGUUUUCAAAUGUUAACCUUUGACAUUGGGUUCAACACCUCCACAUAUCCAGUAGUUCUUGAGGUGCACGAACACUUUGACUUUCAAGUUGAUGAUGACUUGAAUUUUGAGGACCAAACUGUAAAAGAAUUCCUGCUUGAGGAUACAUUCAAGUUUCUCUUGUCUAAUAAGUCUUCAGCUUCCAGUGUCUUUGAGGCUUUACAGAACAUUUACAGAUUAGCUGUGAUUAAGGAUGAAAACUACCAGAAGGAAUAUGAGCAAUGUCUGUCUUUAGAAGAGAUAAAUUCAAUGAUUCAUUUUAUAAAAGAGCUGAAGAGUAUGGGACAAUUUGAGCUGCUUUUCCCAUCUUCUGCACCCAAGAUUCAAACUUUGCUGCAUGAUGUUUAUCACAUGGUAGACCCGAUGGGAAAGCUUGGGUCAGUCCUGACAGUACAUUGGUUUCUUUCCAAUUUACUUGAGCAGUUCCAGUUCAUGAAUAAAGAGGCACGUCCAAAUCUCUCAGGAUGGAAAAUCAAGAAAAGUUCCAGAAACUCAUCUAGGACUACCAUGAAAUGGUCAAAGCCUAGGAAUUCUUUCCCAGAAAAAGAAGGUGUUAAACAAAGAACUCCUUUCAACGUAAUGAAAAAUCAGAAAGAAUUACAUUUUUCCAAUGAGACUAAAGAAAGGCAUUGUAGUCAUGAUAAAGAUACCCUAUCUCAUAUCAGGCAAAUCUUCACCUGCCCGCCUUUGGACCUGAAUCCUAAAUUUAAUCCAAAGAUCAAAGAGUACUACACUGAAGUCCCAUUUGAUGUGGUGACAGUGAAGAUUGGAGCAGAACCCUCUAACUGUCAGUGCCAGGUGCACCUUGAUGAGAGGAAGGGACCAAGUGUUGCUAACUACCCCCUUGGCCUGGGAAUUAAUAAAAUCACUAUUCUAGUAACAGAUAAUGCGCAAUCCGACCCCGAGGUUGUGAGCAGCUAUAAAAUCACUGUCUAUCGAGAAGACCGCCCAAGUCUGCCUUUGUUUGAGGACUAUAUGGUGUGUGGUUUUGUGCAGGACUGUGGUUCGCUAAUUCAGCCGGAGGAAUCCUGUGGAUUACAGCCUCUCUCUCCUGAGUACCUUUCAGCAAUUUCAGAGACACAGUUUAAGACUUGUGAAGCUGGGGACACAAAAGGGCAGUGGAUUGUGCCUUGCCUCAGCUGUUCUGACAACAGAACCUGUGACUGGCGAGAAAUAAUAUGGCAGCCACACAACUGUCAGUAUUCUGUCCUGACUAAGCCAGAGCUCCAACAAUGUGUAGAAGGCAGAAAGGUUCUUUUCAUUGGAGACUCAACUAACAGAGGGAUAAUGUACUAUCUGAUUGAAAGAGUGAAUGAAACCCUUCAGGAAUGGCAAAAGGCACAUGACAUUAAAACUUAUCAUAACAUAAAUGAUGGGAAAACAUUUAUUAGUUACUCCUACUACCCCCAGUUUUGGAUUAAUGUAAACCAGAGGCCAACAUUUGAAAAAGCACUAGAACAGCUGUUGCAAAGAUCACAUCCUCUUGAGAACACAGACCAGACUGUAUUAGUUGUGGGUGGUGUUCAGUGGCUUAAUUCCAAUCACCUGCAAAUUAUUCAAAAGGUGCUGAAGAGGGAAAAUCUAUCAAAUAUCCUGGUAGUUAUCAAAUCCAUAGGAAUGGGCUUUCAUCUACCAGUGGAUGGAAUACAUUCUUUAUCGCAGACUGAAGUGCAAAAUUUAUGGAAUGAAAAUUUGGUUAUUCUGGAUACUGCAAAAAGAUAUGGCUAUGAGGUGGUUGAUACUUUCACCAUCACAAUGGGACGUUACAAAGAAUUUCUGCAAGGGAAGUGUGGAUGUCAUUUCCAUGAGGUGGUGAAAUCCAAAACGUCCAGUGAAAGCCCUCCCAUUACAAUGAAGCUAUCAAGGCCCUAUGCUCUGGGGAAAUAUUUCAACAGCCAAAGCAAACUCUCACAGCUGCAAGACUAUGCAAUGAAUUCUCAGUCACCGUAUCAUGUCAGAGGUCCAAUAAAUCAAGUCUAUUCUGAAAUCCUCCUCAGCAGGAUCUGUGCAAGUAAAAGCAAGGCUAUUGACUCAUAGCCUCUAUCAGAUGAAGUUUUAGAGCAGGAGACUUCCUACUUCCUCAAAUGACAAUCCAAGGACCAUAUUAAAUGUAUUUACAUGCUUCUCUGAUUGGCUGCACACAGACCAAUACCACUCAAGAUGUGGCGCUUUUCCUAAAGCUUUAUGACGUCAAGAUCUGCCCUUUCAGAACUUAGAUUUCGGAAUGGAAAGAUGGGGCGAUGCAAAAAAAGGGGGAUGGGGAAGUUACAUGAAAUAUUGCCAAAUACUAGAACAGCUGCAGGUCAAGCAGCUGUGUAUUGUGACAGUAAAGAGAGGGAAGGAUAUACACUUGAUGUAUUUGAAAAAGGAUGCUUGAUUUCUUAAGCAAUAGAUAGACUUAUUUAUUUAUAGGUACACACUAUAAAAUUAUCAUAUAGAGACAUUCCAUUCCAUUUUAAAAAGCGUUAUUACAUACUGAUUGGUUCACUUUCAUUAGCAAUACAGGAAUAUUUGUAUUUCAGUGCUUGCCUCUCAUGUAUUGCAAAGGCAACUAUUACCAUUUUUUCUAUCGUGCCAACUCUUAAUUCUAGUGUUUACAGCUGACAGGCACAUUUUCAUCCACAUCUGCAGUGGAUCACGUUUUAACAAAAAUAAAAAGGAAAGUUUGCAUUAUUUUUCUGCAUGUUCUAAAUCCAAGAGACAGAGGUGACUUAGAAGAGAGACUGAAUAUAACUAUCCCCACCUAACAUGGAUUGUUAAUGAAUACCUUAGCAUAUCCUUGUUUAUGAACCUGAUUCAGGAAAAUCUCCCUCUUGAUGAAGGCUGCUUUAGAUAUGUUUAAGCACUUUUCUAAUUGGGGGCCAAUAAGCCUAGCCAGUACUUUCCCUGUAUAUGAGGUCCACUCUUUCUGAAUUUACAUAAAAUGCCUGUUACCUAAGAGUCCAAUCCUGAAGUCCUUGUUCAGAAAAAACUCCUAUUGCAUGCAUACAAGGACUGCAGGAUUGACUGUAAAAAAUGUGACUGUAAACAAAUACUUAAAAAAUAACUAAUUCCUGAUGUCUUCUGACACGACCAUAUAUGAUUUAAGAGAAUAUGAUAUGGGUUUAUAUAGAUAAAAGCACCAGGAAAUGUAAGGAAAAUUUUUAGCAUUAGAUUCCACUGUCAGAGUCUGUAGUCAGGACUCUCUGCUCCCUCAUAAUGUGUGUUGUAGAAGGAAGCAAAAGUAUAGGGACAAUCUGAGUCAUGGUCCCCUCUGUGUCCCCACUCUUUAGAGCUGCUUGUACUCCUUCAUGGGCACAUUAUAAAAUUUGCCCCUUUUGUGUGGGGAGGCGGUCCAAUGCAGCAGAGCUAAGGAGCAGUUAAUGGUGUGCUCUAAUAGCAACUCACGACACAAUUGACUUGCUCCUUUGUUUCAGCAUUAACUCCCCCGGUGUGGCUCCCACUCUCCUCUGAACAGGUUGGCUAUGCUGCUGGAGUGGAAAGUCCUUAAAGCAAACAGAGGAGCUGCCAAUAUUCACAGGUGGCUCUGGAGAUUCAUUAGGCUGGACCUAGGAUUCCCUAGGAAUUUUUGAGCGCUACAUAGUUGGCAGCCCAUAUUCCUAGCUACUUACAUAUUGUGAUCAGUCCUUCCCACAAGAAGGAGUUAUGUGUUAGAUUGUCUGUGAAGAAGUAUCUCUGAAUUUAUACAUAAGCUUUUUUAUGCUAUGAUCCUUCACAUGAAAGGGGAGAAUAUAGACCUCCUUUGUAUCUCUGGUAGAUUUCUCAGUGAAUUGACAGAAGCUUUUGCGUUUUAAGCCAGGGACAGUUCACGAACGUUGAAAGGAUCCGUAUUUGGUUAUCUCCAGUAUUUUGCAGGAACCUGUUGUGUACACACCAUGCAACUUAUGCUCUGCAGAUCCAUAACACCGGGGCAGUAGUGAAACAAAGCCUUAAAAUGCAGUGGCUUAAUUUUGCACCACUGAAGUGAAAGGAAGCUUUUACCAUUUGCUUCAAUAGAUGUAGGAUCAAGCAGAAUGUCUUAUAUUAGACUAAUUGUAUAUUCAUGUAUUAUAACUUUGCUUCAGAUGUUUGUGUAUCACUUGAAUCCACAUGCUGGUGGGUUUUUUGUUUGUUGGUUAGUUUUUUCGCUUUACACAGCUGUAAACUGUGAUCUAGAGGGUCUGAUUGUGUGUGUGUGUGUGUGUGUGUGUGUUUGCUUUAAAUCAAAGACCAUUGUUAAAGCAUCAGCUAGAAAAGGCCAAAGUUAAUUCUAGUUAUUCUGCAGCUGAUACUGGCAAAUGUGCAAUUCAUCACCUCCAGGUUCACCACCAGAUUAUUUUCAUGUUCUGUAUUUCCUUGUCUCAAUAUUUUUCAUGUGUAGAAAGUUCAAAGUAUCCUUUAAUAUUAUAUUUAUAUAUAUAUUUGUAAGAAGCUGGUGGUAUGGUUUCCAAAGUGACCUUUAUUUAAAUAGUUCCUUCAGAUCACCUGUCUCCAUCAGUAAUAUGAGAUCUGUAUUUGUCUGAGUUCAAGAUGUACAAAGAAAAGCACAAUAAAAUACAAAAGUACAGA